AUGACCAGGGGCAAUAUCUCCCCCGCAGGGCAGCAAAAUGCUGCUGAUUCUCCCAGACUAUCAGAAUCUCCACCGCCAUCGGGCGUGCAAGGGGACCUCGAGCUAGAGCUGCUAGGGCUCGCGAAUGCCCUGUACAAUCUGGGUACGACAGUAGUCAAUGACCUCACGAAGGAGAAAGACAAGCCUGGAGGGGGUGGGAAGCCAGUGGGUCACAGAGUGAACGAUGUGAUUCAGCACCUGGCCACGAUAGAAGACAUGUCGCAACAUGUAACCACGAUGAUCCCCAUGCAAGUCCUCUCGGACAUUGAUAAUGCGCGCAACCCGCUGCAGCUUACGAAGGAGCGCCUAGAGCGCGCGGCGACGGAGAAUCAGUACAUGAACGGCCAGAUACACGCGCUCGACUCCUACCGCAGGCACCUCGAUGAGGUCCUCGUGCAGACGUUCCCGGAGCUUGCGGAGUUCCUUCCGGCGACCGGAUGA